AUAGAAUUCGGUAUUUUUGUAAAUCGUUUAAUAAAACAAUGUCUACCCUUAGGAUAAAUUAUGUAAUCCUUAUGGAUUCAUGGAUGUGUAUAAGAAUUUGAGUUAUAGAAAGACCGGUCAGGAGAAUUGCGGCUGCGAAUAUUUUAACUAUCUCGGUAAAUAUAGACGCGAAAAAUUCGAGAGUCUGGACGUGUAGGAAUCAGUGUCAUUACCGUUUUGUAAAUCUGAUUUCUUGUGGGUCUUUUUCAUAGCUUUCACUAUGCAUGCCUUUGAAAUUCAUUUGGAAAAGUUUGAGCGGAAGUUAUGAUUUCUUUCUUCAUUUCUGCGACAAAUAGAUCUUCGAUAAGAAAAGACAGUGAACGGGGCCUGUUUGACGUAACCAAGAAAUAAUUCUUGAUCUUUGCUUUUAGGAAUUGGCAUUUGAAUCCUCCAUUGUCUUUAACGCUAUCUUUAAUCCCUUUGCUAAACAAGAGAGAGUAGUUUUAUCCUAGGCAUUCUUUUCUUAUUUAAGUUAAUAAAUGAUUAAAUAUUGACAAUCUAAAUAUUAUUGAUAAUUUAAUCUCACUAUCAAAUGCUAUCAUAUCAACUCUCAUUAACAUCCAACUCUUGUGUAUUCGCAAAUUAAACUAAAUGCGUUCGUUACUAUCGUUUGCCAAGCUUUUCCGAAUUUGCAUCGUUUUAGGGGGUCACUCUCAACUCGGGCAUAUACAAAAGUUCCUCUGUGCAAGUGCAAGUGCAAGUGUGCCUCUGUGCUACACGUGCCUCUGUGCUACACAUGCUUUCCUCUUUUUCCUCUUAUUUGUUUAUUUACACAUGGAUUUUGUUCUUUUUAUUUUUGCUUUAUUUUCUCUACCUUAUAGAAGCGAAGUCCUAUUGUGUGGCAUACGUUCUAUCAUUAAGAGUCCACUUAAUUCGGUUAUUAUUUUAUUGCAAUUGAAUAUCUUUUGUAAUUAAAUAAAUAAAUAAACAACAAAAAUAUAUAUUCGAUGAGGAGUGAGUUUAAUAGCCCUCACACGAGCCAAGCAUUCUGUUCGAAACUUACGUAAAGCUUGACAUAUUGAGUUUUAUAUAUUUUCUUCAAACCACUUGAUCUAUGAAGUAGACCUCUUUACACUAAUAUUCGUUACAAUUUGCAUGACAAACCGGAUCGGUGACAAUCACGACUGCCAACCUUUUAUGUAGAAUCAAUUUUGGACCAGUGCUGCGUCGAACGGGAUGAUUACAUUCAGCUUUCGAAAAACGUUUUCUUGACCGACCACCGCAGGAACUCGCAUAUUGACCUGUUGCGAAAGCAAUUGACCAAGGGAUAUUACUAUUAAUUGUAGAUCCAUGCAUACACACACUUUUUUAUGCAAGUUCUUCUGUAGAAGUAGAGCGCAAGUCUUAUAUAUUCUAAGGAUUUGCCUGAGUCCUCCUUUAUUAGUUUAUUUAAUAAUUUUAUCUAUGUAUGUAUCUAUCACAUAUAAUUCCUCUUGUCUUUAUCUCUGUCUCAUAGUUCCAAUCGGCAAUUUAUAGAAAUAAUGAACAAUAACAGCAACAGCGAAGCAAAAUAAUAGUCAGUGCUAUUUGUGGUUUCGUACGUGUGUGUGUGUGUGCGCGCAAUAUCAACGCUUUCGAGUUUCAAUGAAAACUUGAAAAAUAAAAAAAAAAACGAAAAUAAAACUAGCUAUGUAUGUAUGUUUAUAAUAAAGACAGAAAAAAGUUUUACGUGCGCAUAAAUUCAUACAGAAUAACAUAAAACAAAUUUUACCACAGCUUUAAUAAAAAACAAAAAUCGACCAAUAAAUAAAAAGGAAAUCAGAAAUCGCAGACAAGUGAAAACAAACAUCCCGGUGCUCGCCUAAUAUCAUAUAUACCCCAAAAAAAAAAACACACACACACACGCACACGCACACACACACACAUACACACACACGCGCGCGCGAACGCAAAGGCACAUCCAGUUGAAAUGCUUCAUACUAACGAGAAAUGAAAACAAUAACAAUUUUGUAUAAACCGACGAGAAUCUAUCGAAAACCGAAAAAAUAAAAGUUUAACAAACGGAUCAGUUUGAGUUGUGAUAAACUAGCUGACAGCGCAUAUAGAUAAUAGCAAUAAUAAUAGAAGGCAGAAAAAAAAUUUAAAAAAUUGAAAAGUAUCCGAAAAGCGAUUGCAAAUUAAAAGGCUGCUUAAGCCAUGCAGCAUCAAGCUGAGCAGCAGCAACAGCUAUUUCAACAAAACGGUACGAUAGGUACCGGUGAAGGAGCUUCAAAUCCUCAAAUUGGUGGCAGCGGUGGUGGCGGCGGUGGCGGUGCGGCAGCAGGGGGUAAGAGAUCUCAUGUAAGCGGUGGUAGAUUUGAUUUUGAAGACGGCGGCACUUAUUGCGGCGGCUGGGAUGAGGGCAAAGCACAUGGUCACGGUGUAUGCACAGGUCCUAAACAUCAGGGUGCUUAUGCGGGGGCUUGGAAUUACGGUUUUGAAGUCUCCGGGUCAUAUAUAUGGCCAAGCGGUUCUCAUUACGAGGGCCAGUGGCAGAACGGGCGUCGUCAUGGUUUGGGUGUUGAACAGAUAGGACGUCAAAUAUAUCGUGGCGAAUGGUCGAAGGAUGGCCAUAAGGGUCGCUAUGGUGUGCGUGAGAGCACCGUGUCAACAGCACGCUACGAGGGUACCUGGAAUCUAGGCUAUCAAGAUGGUUAUGGCUGUGAAACAUACGCCGACGGAGGUAAAUACCAAGGGCAAUGGCAAGAGGGUAAACGUCACGGUUAUGGUAUGCGCACAUCGGCUCCCUUUGGCCUCGCCUCCCACCACCGCCGCAAAGACAUACAUGCGUCGUUGAGUUCAUUGCGUAGCAAUGAAAAUGCAGCCAACGCGGCGAAAAAUAAUGCCCGCACCGAGGAGAUUCGUGGUGGAUUUGUGCUUACCGCUCGUUCGGAUAAAGCGCCUGCAAGACGAAACAGCUUGUCGGAAAAAUCGAAAAAGGGAUUUCUAUCGGGCUUAAAAAUGCGUAAGCAGCGAAGCACUAGUGAUUUGGAGAAACGUGGCACCCUAGCUUCUGGCAGUAUACGCUCGACAAUGUCAACAGCAUCUUGGCUAAGUACAGGUUCAGAGCAAUCAAAUUUAACGGCAAAGUCUGCACAUACCGAAUCCAAUGCUAGCUUCACCAUGGAGGACGAGCAGCUGGAUCCGACGGUUGUAGAGACGUAUAUGGGCGAAUGGAAGAAGGAUAAACGUUGCGGUUUCGGAGUGGCUGAACGGACUGACGGUCUAAAAUACGAGGGUGAGUGGUAUAACAAUAAGAAACACGGUUACGGUAUAACCACAUUUAGAGAUGGCUCCUUUGAGGAGGGAAAAUACAAGAACAACAUUCUAAUCACUAGUCAAAAGAAAAAACACUUGUUUAUUGCUCGGUCACGCAAGUUCCGGGAACGCAUUACUGCUUCAGUGGCUUCGGCGCAGCGCGCUUUAAAAAUGGCUAUGCAACGUUCCGAUAUUGCGAUUUCGCGAACUGCCACUGCAAGUGCCAAGGCCCAAAGUGCUGAUAUUGCCGCUGAACAAGCUCGGAUUGAUUGCGAGAUAGCUGUGCAAAUGGCUCGCGAAUUCGCUCCCGAUUUUAAGCCUACUGUUCUCGAGCGUUUUGAAAAAUUACGUUACCGGGAAAGAUAUAAAGCUCCACCUGCCGGUGCCUCGCAAUUUUCACCAGGUAGUACCGCUGCAGACGGCGUUGCCAGCAAUACAGCGGGUCCGCAGCGUUCGAAUGCAUUUCAACAGAAUCGGCAAGCCACGCAAGCCCAGCAAAACGCUGAAUUUCCCGUUCCGAGUUCCAUGUAUUCGCAACAGUUACCAGUGACGCCGCAAACGGAUUUAUCGGGUUUAGUGAGCCCAGCGCAAUCGAGUGCGAUUACUACCAUCAAUCAAAUGUACCAGCAGCAAUAUCAACAGCAACUGCAGCAAAACAAUCCCCAAAUGAAUCCCGCAUAUCAAUACCAGCUGCAACAACCGCCUGGCCUUGCAAAGGCAAACGCAAAUUAUAUCCCAAGUAAUCUAAGUAGCAGCGGUAGUCCGAUGAAAAAUCAAAUACAAACGGAUAAUGCAAACUUUCAGAACGCUGAGGCAACUCAUACAGUAAAUAGCUUGACGCAGCAGCAGAUUUUGCAACAGCAACAACAAUUACAUCAACAACAGUUGCAACAGCAACAACAGUUGCAAUUACAACAGCAACAGCAAAUUUUACAGCAACAACAUCUUCAACAACAAAGGCAGCAAUUGCAGCAGCAACAACAGCAGCAACAACAACAGCAAAUGCUACAACAGCGACAGCAACACUUGAUGCACCAACAACAGAGUACUGUCGAUUCUCCAAGUCAUGGCGCCAGCCAACUUAGACGACCCUCGCAAAUACAAUACCAGCAGCAGCAGCAAGCACAACAACUUCAACAACAGCCAGAUAAUAGUGCAAUGGCCGCCAGUCGACAAGGUAAAACGCCUAUGCUGGGCCAAACCGAUCAACAGUCAUCAAUCGAUCACUUUGAUCAUUACAAGCGACCUCCAAGCCGCGAUUCGUCGAUAGAUCGUUAUGCCCGGGCGGCUAGUCGUUUGAGUGGCGGCUUCGGAUCUCGACAGGCGUCAAUUGAUCGCGGAACCGCCAAUGAAAGUGGCACACCUGAACAGCGGCCACGAACCGGUUCAGUAUUUCGUGGUACAACACCAGCACCGUCCGGUGGUAAUACACCCACGCAGGGAAAUGGUUCCGUUCCAACGGGAACUGGCCGAAUGUCUCGUGCUCCUACGCCGAGUCUAAAUGCCGCGAAUUCCACAACCACAGAAUCGCUUUACUCAAAGCAAAACCAACCAUUCGAAGAUGUACUCCUGCGCCAGCGAACGCUCGGACAGGAUAUCAUUCCCUCACCCUCGCAGCCAAAACGUACAGAAAGUCUAUAUUUACCCCCAAAACCAGUGAUACCUUUAUCUUCAGCCACUGCUGCCACUGCAGCCACUAAGAAACUAAAGAGCGUUCCUAUUAAUGUUACGCUACAGCGUAAGAAAUCAUUGCCCGAUUUCCAAGAACUGCCACGUGCCACUGAAGCUAUGAGUCGCGAGGAGGUAUCUGCUUUAGGCUCAGCUAGACGCGAAGCGGUACGCCGCCAAAUCGAGAUGAAUGAAAGGCUCAAAGGCAAUCCCUUAUUAUACCUCGUAAGUCCGCAAGUAAAGGAUUGGUUCUCACGACAACAGCUGAUGCUCUUGGUGCUUUUUGUGAACAUUGUGUUGGGAAUAUUGUUUUUUAAAUUGUUGACAUAGCGAAAAAUUGUGUACAUUUUUCAAUUUGUGUAAAUUUAAUUAUGUGUAUGCAUAAAUUUGGACAAAGGAACUCUUAUGCGCAGCAAUUGAGAAUGCUUAUAAAGAGAUCCUUUACACAUAUACGCUAAGUAUAUCCAUUUGAAAUUUUAUUCAUAUAUAUAUAUAUAUAUAUAUAUAUAUGUAUAUAUAUCGUAUAUAUAUAUAUAUAUCGUAAACAUUAUAUUUUGUACUAAAUUUCCAUUUAAUCGUUUUUAGAGUGCAUUUGCAGCAAAACAAAAAAAAAGUAGCAAAAAAAAAAAAAAAAAAA